UCGUAUAUGUAUACAACGAACUGACACACCACGCAACACAAAUGCAGGGAGUUCGCUGAUGAAAAUUGAAAAUGGCUGAGUUUGUGUGAAAAAGAAAACGCAUUAGAGAAAAAUUUAAAAUAUUUGAGGAAAAGCUAGUGUAAAAUUUUCAAAAUAUUAAGAAAAACGUUCAGCAACUUCCAAACCAACCUGUGAAACUAAAAAGUGUUAAAGAUUUGAUUUAAGGCAAACGUAAGAAGCGUUUGGAAAAGUGCAUAUUUUUUCACACCUAGAACGUAUACGAAUUGUAAAGAAUAUUCAGGCUACAGUCACCAAGUCGCAGUGAAAAAGUAUUAUUCAAUAGAGGUUUCAUUCGUUGAUGAAAAUAUAAUUUUAAAACUUACGAUAUUUUUCAACUAAAUUUUUGAUAUUUCAAUUAAAAUUUGUGAAGUGCCGCUGGUACCACCAAAAACGUGUACCACGGUCUCAACUUUUUUGCACUUAUUCGUGUUAACUAUAGACAAAAAACAAAAAACUGAAUAGAAUUUGGAAAAAGGGCAUACCUAUGUAGUUUGCAAAUUCCAUAUACAUACAUAUAUGUACAUACCAAUUGUAUUGUAUAUUACAAUAAUUUAGAAUGGCUGACGAUUCUGGUGAUAGUGAUAUUGAGCCACGUCCUUCGUGCAGCAAAAAUCGACGCACCACCCGAGGAAAUGCCAAUCAUGGCGGUGGUAAUUGCACUGAAAGCAGAAAGGGCAGAAAACGUCGAAUCGUCAUGCGCAUCGAAUUCGAUGAUAGUGAUGAAGAUAGUUCUUCACCUUCGGAAGCAUCUAGCGAUGAUGGUAAAGUAGAAAAUAUGAACAUUGCCAACAACUCAGCAUCAUGUUCUUCGAGAGCACGACGAACACAUAGAACAGCAAAGUGCACUAAAAAUGCAGACUCUGAUGAGUCGGAUGACGUUCAGAAAAAUAUGUCUCGACGCCUACGAAAUCGGCGCACAAAUAUGCUCUACAUGGACGGUAGCGAUUCGGAUGGGUCUUCAAGUGGCAGUGAGAUCGAUCGUUCGGCAAAAACGCGCGUAAGCAAAUCAUCAAAGAAAAUCAUUACUUCAGAAGAUGAGCAAAUAAUUUCGCAUGAUGAGGCAGCGGACAAAGAAAGCAACAAACAGAAAGAAGCCACCGAGGCUGGUUUCAACUCGGACAGCAGCAGCAAUGAAUUGCUCGAGAAAUGUCCGAUUUGUCUCCUCACUUUUCGACAACAAGAAAUCGGUUCGCCAGCAACAUGCGCACACAUUUUCUGCGCCAGCUGCAUUGAGGCUUGGUCCAAGAAUGUGCAGACAUGUCCAAUUGAUCGUAUCGAAUUUGAACGGAUUAUCGUGCGGGAAAAUCAUGAAAAUCGUAGAAUCGUGCGCGAGGUUAACGUAGAUCCAAAUAAAAUUAAUAAAGAAUUAGUAUUCGAAGACGAAGGGGGCGCUGCUGAGGAUGAUAUAACUCACUGUGAAAUUUGCAAUAGCCCAGAUCGCGAAGAUGUUAUGCUGUUGUGUGACGAGUGCAAUCAAGGCUACCAUAUGGAUUGUCUAGAACCACGCCUGACUCAGAUACCAGAGGGUUCAUGGUAUUGCGACAACUGCUUUGACCCAUCAGCUGAAAGUGACAAUGUUUCCGAAGAUUUAAAUUUGCUCUACGAAGACAUACGCGACAUGGGUAUACCGCAAGCAGCUCUCCGCGUCACGGAACUACAGCAGCCUCGCAUAUUGCGCACUCGUCAAAAUGAACGCAUACGCGCAGCCGUCUUGCGCACAACACGCAGCAGGGCAGCCCGAAUCGAAACAACCACAACCACGACAACAAGCGCGGGCGUAAGUCGCGCUCGUGGCAGGCCGAGAAGUAGCACAACCACCACCACUACGACAACAACCACGCGCACCACCAGAGCAGCCAGCACCCGCCGUAAGCGCGGUAGACGCCGUCGCCGCCGGCAUACGCGCAGGCGUACAUAUGUUGUCGAGUAUGAUCUGAAUAACUUCGAUGAGAAAUUUGCCAUUAAAACCACUAAGAAAAUCAUGAAAAGGCGUCGGCGCAAGCGUAGGGCAUCAGCGCGUAAUGCGCUUCGUACCAGCACCGGUGAACGCAUGACAGCUAGCAAACGUUUGGCAGAGCAAAUGGGCGUCAAGAAAGAUCCCACCUACACUUCGCACUUGUCCGGCGCGUCGGCAGGACUUUCGCUAUUCGGUGGCGCCAAUGACUUGGAAUACUUUUCGGAUAGUGAUAACGGUGGCAUUGAACAUGAAAUACAGCUGGAAAGCGGGCAUGGCACUGCUGUGCAAACAUCCAUACGUAUAUCCAAUUUUGGCUCACAAAGAGCACGCAAAGGUUUACUUUUGGGUAGGCUGCAAGGCAAUAAUAGACAAAAUGUGAUUCCCGAUUUAUCAGCGCAAGCGGAUGCGCCUGCUGGUGGCGAUUUGCUUUCAAGCAUAAUGGACAUGCAAGACCGCUGGCAUAACGCUGCCAGACACAUGGAGAAUGUGCGUAUUAAUUCUGAUGGCACUUUGCAGCUACCAACUGGCACCAAGAGCGCUGACAGCAGCAAUGUGAGCGUCAAUGCCGAUUCAAAUACGCGCCAAACAUCGACCUUGCGAACUGACGGCGCAACUGAACAGCCUAACACACCCAUCAACCCCCUUGAUGGGGUUACGCAGGCGCCGAUUUAUUCACGAGGUGGUGGUAAUCAGAGCUUCAGCGGUGGUGGCGGCGGCGGUAGUGGUGGGGGAAACUAUAACAAUCGCUACAACAACAACCAAAAUAAUUAUCGCGGUGGGGGUGGAGGCGGUGGUGGCCAGUACAGACAUUCAACUGGUGGUGAUGGAGGCGGCAAUUCGAACAACAGCUUGGCUGGUCGCGGCAAUUUCAACUUCAGCAAUCAAAAUUUUAACAACAGCAACAACAAUCCGAAUCCAAACUUUUCGCCCUUCACAAUGCGCUUCAAUCAACGCAAUAACAACAACCAACGCAACUCGUUGCCCUUCAUGAAUCGUAACGAUGACGAGAGACAACAACAACAACAACAACAACAUAAUCAGCCACCUCAACAGCAGAAUGCGUCAAAUGAGAAUCCACUUUUCGGCGAUUUGCCACCGCCGGUAAUGGGUGGACAACCAGUCGUGGGUCCAGCACCGCUAAUGCCUGGUGGACCAAUGGGUAUGUCAGGACCACCACCAAUGUCUGGGCCACCGCAAAUGUCUGGCCCUCCGCCAAUGUCUGGCCCACCGCAAAUGUCCGGGCCUCCGCCAAUGGCCGGACCCCCGCCUAUGUCGGGUCCACCACCAAUGGCAGGUCCACCACAUAUGUCGGGUCCACCGCCCAUUAUGGGACCGCUACCUAUGGCGGGACCUCCACCACAAACAAUGGGGAUGAGUGGCCCGCCACCAUCACUGUCCAUGCACUCGCCAAUGCAAUCUAUCCGACCAAUUAUGACUGUUCCACCACCACCGGCGCCACCGCCAGGUGUACCAAUGCCUUGGGGCACUCCCAUAUUCCAACAGCUAAAUAACGAUUAUGGAAAUGAUGAUGACGAUUCGAAUUGUCCGAACUUCUCAGUAUACUCUGCCGAAUCGCAGGAAGUUGCAAAAUCUACAGAAAUGCAAGCGCAAACUCAGCAGGAUAGCGAAGCAGCUAAGGAAGACGAUGAAAAUGAAGAUUUAGUACAAUUAGAUGAUGAUGAUGAAAUACCAAUGCCGCCAGAAACUAAUGCAAACCAAUCAAGUACUACUACGGUAAAAGAGUCUGACUUGUAUGAGCCAGAAAACCCAACAGAGGAAAACGACGAUGACGACGAAGAGUUAGAAGAAGAAGAAGAGGAAGAACAAGAACAAGAAGAAGAAAAUGAACACGUAAGAAACGAGGAUAUGGAUAUAGAUGAAAAUAAAGAUAAAAGUGAUAAAGUUGAGAAAUCGGAUGAAAAUGUUGAGAUUGCCGAGGAAACUGUAUCGCCGGACCAUGGCAAGCCCGAUGAGGCGAAAGAUAAUGGCAACUCACAAUACGAUCCAGAACAUGAAAUAUUAUCCAAUGACGGUUCGAAUAUGGAGCCGGAAAAGAUAGAAGAAAAUUUGAAUGAAAGUAGUAAGAGUAAUAAUGAAUCUAUCGAAAAAGAGAGAGAGAAAAGCGAAGACCGGAGCGUGCACACUCCAAGUCCAGCUGCGUCCGAGACUAAGUUGCCUGAAAACGAUUUAGGUACUGCAAGUAAGAAGGGUGUAUUAGAAUUGUAUGACGACAGUGAUUGGGAAGAACUUGAAAUCGAUAAGCCAAAAGAGUAUGAGAAAGCGGCACAAGCUGCAGAGAAAUCAGAGCUCGAAGAAGGUCAACUAGAAGAUGAACCCGAAAAAGAAAAGGAACGUAAAAAAAAGGGUAAGGAUAAGGAUAAGGAUAAGGGGAAAGGAGAUGAAAAGAACGAGAGCGAACAAGACCGCUCUUAUACACCAUGCCUCGAUGAGAAUAAUGAGCCAGAAGAAGGCACUGAAACUGGACACGUCGAUCAGACAGGCCCAAAGUCGUUGAACACCUCGAAGGAUGCUAAUGCAGAACAGGAGGAGGAUGGCGAUGGUGGCAAGACACCUGACCUUAUUGUGCAAGAACCAGCUGUCAUAGAGACGGAACUGAUUUCGGACGAUGAUGAUAAUAAUGCCCGUGUCGCUAAGAAGCGCAAAAGUAGUAAAAAACGUGAAAAGCGUGACAAAAAGAUUGAAACGUUCAAGAAAGUGAGCAACAAACAAAAGGUACGCAAUUACCGCACCGAUAAGCAACUAGAAAAUAAACAGAAAGGUAGACGUCGCAUUUCCAAAUCUCGUUCCAAAUCUAAAUCACGAUCACGUUCCAAAUCCAGAUCAAAAUCUCGUUCCCGAACACCAACACGCAGUCGCAGCCCUAUACGCAGUCGCAGUCGCAGUCGCUCGCGUUCACUACGGCCCCUAGCAAGCCGCUCCCGUUCACCAUCGUAUCCACCAAAAUCGCGUUCUAGAACGCCACGUGGUCGCGGCCGUAGGCGUUCACGCUCCCGUUCAUUGCGUUCACGCAGUCGAUCUAACAAUAAAGAGAACCACUGGCGCCCGGGUAAUCGUUUCCAUAAUAAUAUGAACCAACACAAUAGAUUCUAUGAUAGAAAUAAUCGUUUCAAUCAAAACAAUUUUCGCACCAAACGCCGUGAAAUGCCACGCUAUAAUGUGCGUAACGUUGUCGGUAUGCAACGAAACUUCAGAGAUGGCGAAAGAAGAGAGAUCAGAGAUCGCUAUGGACGCGAUGCCACCCGGCAAGUACGUAAUUUUAGUAGAUCGCCAAGUCCUCGUGAUCGCAGAAUGGGAAUAAGGUCGUCGUUCUCUAGAUCGCAUUCUCGCGGUCGUUCAAUGUCACCAAGACGAAAUCGACGCGGCAGUUUCAGCAUAUCACCAAGUCCACAACACAUGAUGCACCGACAUUCGCUUUCACCAAGACAACGCUACCAUUCUCCACGUCGACACUCUCUCUCACCACGUCGCCUCACUCCAAUGCGCGCACAUUCACGCACACCCUUGCGUAUGCGCUCACGCUCACUUACGCCGCAGCGCAUGGGUGGCAGAAAAGUCAUGAGGCGCGUGCGUGGCGGUUCACCGUUGCCACAGCCAGUUGUUUCGCGUUCCCCUUCCCGGAUGCGUUCGAUGUCUGCCUCGCCUAGGUAUACGCCGCGCUUGCACAGAAGCCGCUCAAAGACACCGAUUAUUCGUGUAGCCAAGGGCAAAAAGAAGAAAUUAAAAGAAAAAGCCAAGAAAAAGAAGAAGAAGCGCUUGGCAAACCUUAGUCCGGAGGCCAACAUUCGCAUAUCACGACAGCGCGAUGCUUUCGAAGUUGAUCGCCCGCCCAAGAAAAAGCGCCGCCAUUCUCCAAAGCAGAAGGCACCAAUUGAAGAGCCAACUUGGUCGCCAUCACCUAGCCCGCCGCCAGUGCUCGACUAUGAACGUGAAAACAAUAAUAUAUCAUGGACGCCGCCGAUAUUAUCACCGCGUCUCGUACACGAAAUGCAUGGCAUCUAUCAGCCAGAACCCCGCCGCAGCACCUCACGAGGUAGUAAACGUGACAAACGAAAGCGUAUUAAAAAGAAAAAGAAGGGCGAAAAACGUCGCGAAGUGCGCAAAGAAAAGCGUCGCAUACGGCGCACUCAAACACCUGAUCCCAUACCGUCGAAGGAGGUCUUUGCUUCGGGCAACAAUAUACUCGUUAGCGUAAGUUUCAACAAAGACGCAGCUGGAAAUCCACAGCCUUCGCAAACAACAGUUGUUACAGUGCCGGCAACGCGUGAAGAUUUGCACAAUAAUCGGCGCAAUUCAAUUGAUGUUAUGGCCUUGAGUGCUGCGAACAAAAAGAAGAAGAAGCGCAAGAAGCUCGACGCAAAGCCGGUGGCGAUAAUCGAUCUGGAACGAUCGCCAUUCCAGGUACAUCAGGAGCCGGCCGACAUUAUUGUCCUCACGGAUAGCGAAGAGGGUGUCGGCGGACAUGACAGUGAGCAUGAUCACGACCACGAGCACCACGAGCAUCACGAACAAGAACAUGAGCGUCGACGCGAAAGCCACCGCGAACGCCGCCGCAGCGCAUCUAUAGCUGAAGAAAUGGAUCAUCAUCGUUCGCAAAUGAGCAAUGGCGUACGCUCCUCUUCGCAGCUGGACAAAACGCCACCCUUAGAACGAGAACGCCUCGAGACCAUACUCGAAGAAGAGUCGUAUGAUUUGCCACAGACUGGACCUAAGACGCCACCUGAACCACCUACUGUCAAAUUCACAAUGCUCGCUAAAAAGCAAAGUAAAGUACGCAGUAAUCCACUGCAUGACGAGGCCGAACUAAAUUCGGAAUCCGAAAUGGCCGAGGUACAUGAACCGGAUACUCAUCGAUCAGAACUCGAGCCCAUGCAUGUGCAAAGCAACCAGAAGAUUGGCCCCAAUACGCCUCCCGAAUCGGGUCCAUGCUCGCCAGACGCUUACGAUCCCUUCGACCCUACAAAAUCACCAUCUUUGUCACCGCGCUCCCCAUCUCCUGCCCCGAUGAACAAUUCACAAGGCUCAAUUGGCACUGAUGGUGAUGUUGAGAUAGUACCCACUCAAAAACACAUUGUGGACGAACAGCGCCUAACCAGCGAGCGCAACGUCGCGACUACACAAAUUACCGGCACCGGCAGCAGCAUGACUGCCCAAGGUCCCACACUCAAUCCAGUUGAGCUAGUAAUGAAGCUAAUGAAUACAAAACAGAAUAGUUCACAGGACUUGAACAAAGCGAAUGAGCCACAAUACAGCACUGCGACACAUAUGCACUCUAAUAUAUUGGGCAAUGCACACGACGACGGCUUGAGCAUGCGCGACAAGGCCGACGAUGCAAUUGGCCUAGUAUUAUCGAAUGUAUUGUUAUCGAACGGCAAUGCACAAGCCUCACAACAUAUACCAGUAAUUUCCAGUCCCACUCCUAUAAUGAAGAGUAAUCAAAUAUCGAAAUUGCCCCUGCCCAAAGUGGGUAGCAGCGUGGGAAGUAGUAGUGGCGCCGGCCUACCUUUGCCUAAUGUUCGUAACGGUAUCUUAGAUGAUGCGUUGAAUUUAACAGAAAGUCCUUAUUCGCCGGGUUCUGCCGAUUACGAGGAUCUCUUUGAACCACCACCAGAAAGUUCAGGUGCUGCGCGUCGGUCGAAACGUGGUGGCAAAAUGGAUGUAUUUGAUAAUUUAUUCGGUAGCACAUCGCCAGUGGGCCAUGUGCGUAUGACCAAAAAAUUCAAGGCAAUUGUUACAAGUAGCUCGAAGAAAUCGAAAAUCAAAGUCAGCAAAGCGGAUGACCACAUUAAAGUGUAUGAUGACGUACCAAACUCAGCUGUUGAACUACAAGUGAAGGAUAAGGUGAGUACUGAACUUAUAUACUAGAUACAUAAAUAUUACGUACAUAUUAGGGAUGUGCGAUUAAUCAAUUAAAUAAUUUUUUAUAUAAUCUAUGAUCCUGAUUAAUCAAAAAACGUGAUUAAUCAGAAUCUGAGUAAUUACUCUUUACUGAUAAAUAUUAAUUGAAAUCUGAGUAACUUUGGUCAUUUCUUUCGAGUUUACUUUAAAAGCAAAUUAAAUUUUUUUACAAUAUAAUACACUAUUUUUCUUAUUAACAAAAAUAUAA